CUCUCUCUCUCUCUCUCUCUCUCUCAAGUCUCAACAAGAGAAGAGAAGAGAAGAGAAGAAGAUGAGACAAUUACGUCAGAUAAACUGAACCAAGAUUGAUUACACUCCAUUACAGAGAUAAACAAAGCAAUAAAAUAUAAUAUACUGCUUCCCAUACGAAGAAAGAGAUAAAUAGGAUGAUGUCCUUGAGAUUUGCGUCCACAGAGAGAGAAGAAGAUCUUUGAACCAGAUCAGAGAGAUAGAGCGAUAGAGAGAGAGAGAGAGAGAGGUGUGUGCGCGUCUGUGUGUUGUGUGAUUUAAAGCAAAGGCGGCGAAGAAUUUAUUGAUCUUGAUCUUGAAAUUGAUAUGUUACAAAAGCUAGCAAGCAAGCAAUACUCUCUCUCUUUUUCUUUCUCUCUCUACAGCUCUACUCUGAACCCUCUUUAUUUAUAUUUUUUUCCUUGCUAAUCCCAUAGCCAAAGAAGCUUUUUCUCUCUCUUUCUGACGCCAUGUUUCUUUUAAAAAAGAAUCAUUUCUCUCUCUCUGAGCCCCAAGUUCUGGUUUUUCUUGUUUCUUAAUCAUUAUUUUCCUCUAACCCACAAUUUAUUUUACUUUGUUUUGUUGUUUUUGUAACAACCCCACAUCGUUUGUUUGAUUUCUUGCUGUGAGAGAGUAACCAAAAUGUUAGUACUAGUAGUAGUAUGACUGAAGGGUUAUUAGAAAUCAAUGAGACAGCUCGAAUUUCGAGGUGGUGUCUGGUUCUUAAAGGCAGAGGUUGUCUGUCUCAAUCCAAUGUAUAUUAUGGUCUGGUCUGCUGGUAGAGUGUUUUAGGAGAGAGAAAGAGAGAGAAAAUUCAGUCAUUCAUUCCUUUAAGAACCCGCCAUUUCUGGUUUUAGGUAUAAGAGAUUGCUUGUUGGUUUAUUGUCUCUGUUCUGUUCCUCUCUGGUUUUUGGUUUUAGUGAUUCACAGAAAGUGAAAAAAGUCUCAAACUUUGUCAUCCUUGAAGGGAGGGAAGGGAUAAAGAAUAAAAGCUUGUUGAGUUCUUGAGUGAAGAUUUUUCCUUUCGAAAGGUAACUUGGGGUUAAGAAUGAAGUUUAUGAAGUUGGGGUCCAAGCCUGAUGCAUUUCAAGCUGAUGGCAAAUCUGUCAGGUAUGUGGCAUCCGAACUGGAAACAGAUGUCAUCAUAAAUGUUGGAGAAGUUAAGUUUAAUCUCCACAAGUUCCCUCUCUUGUCAAAGAGCAAUCGCUUGCAAAAGCUUGUGUCAAAAGCUGGUGAGAACUCUGAUGAAAUUGAUAUGGUUGAUUUUCCUGGUGGGCCAAAGGCUUUUGAAAUUUGUGCCAAAUUCUGCUAUGGAAUGAUAGUUACUCUCAAUGCUUACAAUGUUGUUGCUGCUCGUUGUGCGGCUGAGUACCUUGAGAUGACUGAGGACGUUGACCGAGGGAACCUUAUUUUUAAAAUUGAGGUAUUUCUGAACUCCAGUAUCUUCCGUAGCUGGAAGGAUUCCAUUAUUGUUCUUCAGACCACCAAAUCUCUUCUGCCAUGGUCUGAAGAUCUGAAGAUUGUGGGCAGGUGCAUAGAUUCCAUUGCAUCUAAAACCUCUGUGGACCCUGCAAGCAUUACUUGGUCCUACACAUAUAACCGUAAGUUGUCAGUGCCUGAUAAAAUAGUCGAGGAAGGGAUAAAUUUCAGAGAGAAAAUUGAAUCUGUUCCUAAGGAUUGGUGGGUUGAAGAUAUAUGUGAACUGGAUAUCGAUCUCUACAAGAGAGUCAUGAUCACUGUGAAAUCAAAGGGAAGAAUGGAUGGUAAAGUGAUUGGGGAGGCACUGAAAACUUACGCGGUCAGAUGGCUGCCAGAUUCAUUUGAUGACUCAGUAUCUGAUGCUCGUACUUGGAGGUACAAAUAUCUGGUAGAAACACUCAUUUGUUUGUUGCCUCCAGACAAGGGUGUGGGUUGUUCGUGUAGUUUCUUGCUGAAAUUGUUGAAAUUUGCCAUUCUGGUUGGAGUCAAUGACUCACCCAGGGAAGAUUUGGUGAAGAGAAUCAGUUUGAAGUUGCAUGAGGCUUCUGUUAAGGAUCUACUGGUUCCUGCGCGGCCUCCUCAAAACACUUUAUAUGACGUGGAAUUGAUUCAGUGCAUUGUUAAUCGUUAUUUGAUGCAUGAAAAGUAUAACCAGGAUGAGAAGAACGAGGCAAAUGGUGACUUUAUUUUAGGGCAUGAACAUGUAACCCUGAUGAACCUUGGUAAAUUGAUUGAUGGAUAUCUAGCUGAAAUUGCACACGACCCAAAUCUCACCAUCGCCAGCUUCAUUGACUUGUCACGGUCAAUUCCUGAUUCGGCAAGAUCAAUUCAAGAUGGGUUGUACAAAGCCAUUGACAUCUAUCUGAAGGAACAUCUCAGUUUGACGAAGGCAGAAAAAAAGAAGAUAUGCGGGCUAAUGGAUGUCAAGAAACUGACAAUGGAGGCAUCAAUGCAUGCUGCACAGAAUGAGCGGCUCCCUCUCCGUGUUGUUGUCCAAGUUCUCUUUUUUGAGCAAGUCAGAGCAGCUUCUGGUGUUCAGGCUCUCAACAACAAUGCCCGUGAUACUUCAAAUUCCACAACAAACACAGAUGAAGAGUGGGAGAAGACAGCAGCAGACGAUAACAAAUCCCUCAAGAAACAAAUGAGUAGAAUGAAGAUAAAAGAAGAAGACUUCCGGAAAAAUGGAAAACUGCUGAAGAAAAACAGUAAGAGCACCAAAAGUGGUGUGCAGCUGCUGCCAUCUCGAUCAAGGAGGAUCUUUGAUAGAUUGUGGGUUGUUGGUAGAGGGCAUGUUGAGAACAGAAGCUCGGAGACAUCUGGGAGUUCGCAGAGCCCGACUUCAGUGGCACCUGGUGACACCAAGUCCUUCGGUUCAUCUUCAAGACAAAGGAGACACUCCAUCUCCUAGAGAGAGUGAAUUUGAGCUUCAUCAGAACAUAGCAAGGGAAGAAGAUUGUUGAGAACUGUUCAAGUGUAAAAAGUGGUAGGUUUUGAUUCUAGCAGGUGAUGGAGGCUUACUCUUUUAUCUUUAUCUAGUAGAUGAGAUGGAGGUGUAAUCAGUUUUUUGAGUGGCUUUUAAUUUCUAACAUCUUUUGAUGGGUUCAAAAUGUAAUAUUAUCUAUGUCUAUGUAUGAAGUUCACUUAGAUUAUUCAUGAAAAGUUGUCCAGCCAA